AGUGAGGCGGUGGGAACCCAACGCAGUGCAUUUCGGGAAGCAGGACAAUGGCAGUGUCCUGCAGCGGCUGAUUGUUGUGGGAGAAAAGUUCCAAUAGCUUUUUUUAUCAGCAAAAUUAAAUAGUGGAACAAUGCAGGAAACCUAAGUGACAGCAGCAUAAUGCGAGUUUGUUGGUUGGUGAGUAAAGAUGGGAGGCACCAACCAAUACGACUUGCGCAUGCGGUCUGUGUUAUGAUUGGAAGAAGCCCUGAAACCAAAAUAACAGAUAAAAAGUGUUCACGGCAUCAAGUACAGCUGAAAGCAGAUUACAAUAAGGGAUAUGUUCUUGUAAAACAGUUGGGCAUAAAUCCAAGCAAUGUCAAUUCUGAAGACUUGAGAAGAGAUCAAGAGGUGAAGUUAAAGCCAGGACAGGAUCUUUACGUUGUCAAUCGGCUCUACCCGUACACCAUAAGGUUUGAAGAAGGGACCUCAGACGAGGACACGUUGUCACCAAAGAGAACACAUGAAGAGAUUUGUCCAAACAGUAGCUCCAAUAUGUCAAGUAAACAUCUUAAGACUGAGGACUCCAAUCCAAGUCAGUACCACACAUUUAACUCUAAGUCUGAAGAGAAGAAAGCGAAGACAAAAGAUGGACAUUUGGCAGAAAAUAGCAGCAACUCGGUGACUCUGGUAAACUCCCCUGAUGCCUCAGGAAGCAAAGAUUUUAAAGGAAUGUGGAGUCAGGGACUAAAGGUCUCCAUGCAGGACCCCAAAAUGCAGGUGUAUAAAGAUGAUAAAGUUGUUGUAAUUAAGGACAAAUAUCCAAAGGCCCGAUUUCACUGGCUGGUUUUGCCAUGGGAAUCUCUCUCUAAUCUGAAGGUUGUGAGGAGGGAUCACUUAACUCUACUUCAACACAUGCACCAAGUUGGCCAAAAGCUGGUGCAAGAAUGUCUGGAUACUGACACACUGAAAUUUCGGCUCGGUUACCAUGCUAUUCCCAGCAUGAGCCAAAUUCACCUUCAUGUGAUCAGCCAAGACUUUGAUUCACCUUGCUUGAAAACCAAAAAACAUUGGAAUUCAUUUAAUACAGACUAUUUUCUGGAAUCAGAAGAUGUAAUGAAGACGGUGGAACAGAAUGGAAAAGUGACAGUCAAGGACGGAAUAGCUGAAUUAUUAAAACUCCCACUCAUGUGCCAUGUCUGCCAGCAGCAACAAUCCACCAUUCCACAGUUGAAACAGCACUUGAAAAAGCACUUGUCUUGAAACGUUCUGCAGUUCUAUGAAUCUCUCCAUUGGCAUUGACUCCAAAGAUUUCCAUUCAUUGCUCAGCUCUACAGGUCGACAAGAACUAUUAAAUUUGAAAUUGACCAAUAAAGAAUGAUGAAGCAUUCUAUGAAGCACCUCAGUUUUGUACUUGUUUCAUAACCCUGCUAAAUGACAAAGAUAUGUCAUCUGCUGGCACUAUUUUAUUGUUUCAGUGGAAUGCUGAUGGUGUUCAGUAGAAGACUGAUAAUACUUUCUUAACCUUUAGCUACAAACUGUGAUGGAUGCAUCACCAAAAUAAAAGAUGUUCUUGCAUUGUAGUCAGAGGUUGAAGUUUGACACUAUAAUGGGACUAUAGUAACACAGAUAAAUGUAAGUUUUCUAAACAAGCACCAUUUCCGAACCCAAGAAUGGGAAAGGAAUAAUUCCCUGUACUGUCAGGGGAACAUUCCCCUGAGAGGAGUGAGUUCCCACCUUAUGGUUCCAGUGAAGACUUAUACAUUCCAGUUGUUACAUUAUACCAACUGAAUCUGUUGAGUACAGUUGUCAAAUUAAUACAUUUAAUUUGGAUAAAGUCAAACUUGACUUCAGGUUUAUUUAUAGAGAAAGAAAACUGCAUCUGAAACUGAAACAAACAAAUAGUUUAUAUUUUACUGAAAGUAGAAAUAUAGAUUUGACUGAAGUAAUUUCAAUUUGUUAAUUUGGAUACAAAAGAUACAUUCAAAUCUCUAAUUUUUUUGAAUAUUUGAGGAUUUGAUUUAUUUUAAAAAAUCAUUUAUAAUUAGUACAUGGUGAUUGAUGUACAAUUCCUUCUAUCCACCCAAGACCCAAAUACAACCCUUCAAAUACACUUCAUCCUCUCUUAGACAACUGCAUCAUCUAUGUGUCUUUCUUGGCACUCUCUAAAGAGCUUGAAGUACUUGUGCUGACUUAUAGGGAACAACGACCCACAACUGCCCUACACCCAUUAUCUGGCCUGUCCAGUAGUGUUGAGUAGGGUGUGAUCUUGCCAAUCUUCUCGUUCAACUUUCAGCCUGAACUGAUAACAAUGUGGAGUUUUCCACUGGAUACCUACAAUGCCCCAUUGCCCCCCUGAAUACCAGUACAUUUCUGAAUAAGGCACUUUGUCACUUCUUAGCCAAAUUUAGAAUAAUGGCCUCAACAUUUUGACCUUGACCGAAACUUGCCUGAAAGGUGAUGAUACCUUUCACCCUCCACUGCAUGCCCUGGCGAGACCCCCAUAGUGGUGUGGUUCUUAUCACCACAUUCCAUCUUGGCCUGAACUUCUGCUUUCACAUUUUCUCCUUUAAACAUUUCCAUUUAUUCCAGCCCUUCUCACCUCUUCAUCAAAAUCCUGCCUGUCCAAGUAGAUAAAACAAAAAUUCUUAUCAUGAUGUCUUUACUGCUUUCCUCCCUUGCGUUCUACAUUGAGCAACUUGUCAAUCUCUCUGAUUUCAAACGUUAUCUCAUCACAUUUCUCAUUUUUAAAAAACUACCCUCCUAUCCUCCCUAAACUUGUUUAACCAUUCAUAAUAGUUUGUGGGACAACUAUGGCACUAUUAAACUGCCCACUAUUCCAGGGUAAACCUGGCUUCCUUACUGAAAACCAAGUUAAAUCAUUUUCCUGACCCCUGACCAUGCAUGUUGAUGAAACCCUGCUAUAUUUCCCCACCACUUUGUACUGUAGGGUUUUUUUUGUUGUUCCUAAAUUGUAAGACUGCUUGUGUGACAUCCUGUACUGGAUGAGGAAAAAUUUCCUCCAAAAAAUAUUGCGAAGACUAAAGCAACUGUUUUUGGUAUCCACUACAAAACUCAACUCUUCAACCACGAAAUCUGUCCCUCUCUCUGGCAAAUCUGAAACUAAGUUAUGCUAUUUCCGACCUUUAUUAAUUUGACUGAGAUGAGCUCCUAACCAUGUAUCCGUGCUAACAAUAAGAUCAUCCAUUUCCUGGCUCUAUCCUGCCACCACUCAUCUGCUACUAAAAUCCUCAUUCAUGCUAUUGUUAACUCCAGAUUUGAUAUUACAACACUCUCCAUAUCUUCCAUUCUGCAUACAGUUAAGGUCGUCCAAAUCUCUAUUGUAGCAAUACUAACCUUUGCAAAAUCUUAUUUGUCUAUCACCUGUGUGCACACUGACUUAAGUUGGGUCAUGAUGAAGCAAUUUAAUCCUCGAUUUUAAAAUUCCUAUCCUUGUUUCCAAAGUGUUCUAUACCCGUCAUUAUCCACGUGCUCAACUCAAUAGCUGCAGCUCCACAGCAGGAACUUUAGCCCUCGUCUAAUCUGGCCUUCUGCAUAACCUUGAUUUUAUUCACGACACCAUUCUUUCCCUGAAGCUCUGGAAUUCUGUUCCUAAACGUAUCUCUUAUUUUGUUCUGCUGUGAUGCUACUUGAAAACUACAAGCAUUCAGUCAUUUACUCAAUUGUGUAAUGUAAAAUGUAUCAAAAUUUGCUUCAUAGAAGUUCCUGUUAAAUGCCUUGGAUGUUUUAUGAUUAAAAUAUGGUAUAAUUACAUGUUGCUGCUAUACAUAUUUGCAAAUUCUGAUGUUAGAUUCCAAAGCUUCCCUGGUAUUCUACUGGUAAGAUGAACUGUUGGUUGUAGUACUGCAACGUACAAAGCUAAUUGAAUUCCUGGUUUGUGUUUCCCAGCGUAACCCAUGCCAGCUGGAGCAGUUCAAGCACUAAGUGACUCUGGGCCAGGUUUUCUUCUUUGGCAUUUUGGGCAGCUAGCAAAGUCAGGCUUGUGCAGUGUUACUUGCAGCAAAACCACAUUUCUAGCCUUGAAGUUUAAUUAAUUGAUCAUUAUAAACAUAGAUUUCUUUCCAUCAAGUGCUUUACUAGAGUUUCAUUUCAUACUUGCCAUUUUCGUUGUCAUAAUUAAUGAUUCAUGAAACACAAGAUUUUGAAGGGAUUUAGUGUAGAGGUUGAAAAGAUGUUUCCGUUACUGGGGGAAACUUGAAUUGUGGAGCAUACUUACAGAAUAAGGGGAACUCAUUUAAAAUGAGAGGCAAAGAAAUUUCUUCUGAGGGCAGUGGAUGUCUGGAAUUGCCGACCCCAGAGAAUUCUGAAGAUUGGAACACAAAGUAUUUACGGAGAUUUUUGAAGUAUAGGAAUUGAGGGAUAUGAGGAACCAGCGUAAAAGUGGAAUUGAAACCUGGACAGAUAAGAAUGAACUAUUCCUGCUCUUAAAUCUUGUGUGACCCAGUUACUUCUCCAUUUUCCAGUUCUGCUUACAAAGAAGAUUGUAAGAGUAGCUACCAAAUAUUGGAUAGCAUUUUCAAGGAAGCUGGAAGGGUUUAGAAAGGAAAUCCAGAGCUUAUUGUCAAUAAGAUCAGAGAAAUUGUGUUUUGGUAAGGGUGGUGUUUAUAGGAAUAUAUGGAAUUGGGAUUAAGAAAGCCUGUGAAGGUGUUUAAAACAAGAAUAUUAAGUAUCAAGGGGGUUGUUUGAGGACAGCAUAAUGGGUGAAAGGGAUUUGGUGCAGGAUUGGAUACUGGCAACAGUUUUAGGUGAGCUAAUGUUUCUGGAAGCUGGAGAGCUUUGGAAUAGUUAUAUUUCAAAACCAAGGCAAAGGUGACGUGUUUGGUUGAAAUGGCUAUGACUGGACAAAAUGCAACAAAUGAAGGUAGGUUCACCAAACUAAAUAAGAGAGAAGGAGUUGACAGAAGAAGUACAAUCAAAUAUGACAAGAGCUACACAAAUGAGCGAUAAUAUAUCAUAAUCUCUUAGAUUGUGUAAUGGAAAAUUAACAAUUAACAUUUACUGUGAAAUCUGAAAGAGAAUGCUUUGCUAAAUUUAAUACUUUUGCUGAACUUUGCAAAGACUUUGUUGAAUUCUGCAGUCGAGACAGCUUGUCUUUGCUGAACUUUGCAAACAUUCAACCUGGCCUUGCGAACAGCCAAAUUCAGCAAAAGGUUAAGGAAAACAUAAAGACAGUUAUGUCCACAGCAAGGGAAUGAGAAAAUAAGAGCUCAAAUGUUUUCCAGCCCUUGUCCUUGAGCAUGUGAUAAGAAUAUAAUAAAAAGAAUAUGUGAAUUUUGUUCACGGCCCUUACACAAAGCGCAUUUGCCAAGUGUAUUGGUCCCCCUGUAUGCAGAGGUUAAAAAAAAUAAAGCUUUUUUUCUUUGCUUUUGCUA